AUGGCGUUCAGGGGUCCUGCGUCAGACGCUGGGCUUCCCGGAGUCCCCGGCUCCGAGGGGUGCAGCGGCCCUUUCCUGUUUGGUACCCAGUUAUGCUGCUUGGAUCUCGGCCAGGGCUUAGGCCAAGCCAGGGCCCCUGCGGUGGCGAAGGGUCCAGCCUCCAGCCUCCCGCGGAACGUGCUCAGCGAGAGGGAGCGCAGGAAGCGGAUCUCCUUGAGCUGUGAGCGCCUGCGGGCCCUGCUGCCCCAGUUCGACGGCCGGCGGGAGGACAUGGCCUCGGUCCUGGAGAUGUCGGUGCAGUUCCUGCGGCUCGCUAGUGCCCUGGUGCCUGGCUGGGAGAAGCAAGAUGAGACGUGGCACACGUGGCAGAAGGACGUUUUGCAGCUGGCCCUGGCGAGUCAGACCCCAGCAGGUGCCCUGGACCCCGGCGUGGGAACGUCCAGCGUGACCAUGCAGCAGGCCUCCCCGAGCUGUGCAGCUGCGGCUGUGGACGACGAGCCGCCCAGCCUGGUCCCCCGGUCUCCAGGCCUGAGUCCCUCCAGGGCCCUGAGGCCGCCCCUGCUGUGGUCUCCCCGCUCGCGGCAGCCACCCUCCCCGCUGGUGAGCGAAGCGUCUCAGAGCUGCUUGGGCCAGGCUGGGUCCCCAGGUCGAGGGACUGACAAGGCCGUAAUGCUGGGUGCCAGGUCUGUGUCGGGGUGUGACGUCGAAGAUGGGUCGUCCUUUCUGCUGACUGCCAGUCCUGACUGGUGGCUUGGGUCCCUGGAGGGCAGAGGCAGCAGUGCCCGUUCUCGGGUCCCCGCCAGAAGCAGCCCGCUGGACAGGGCAGAGCCCAGCUUCCUGGGCGACCACGAGCCCGGCUCCCAGGAUCCCCCAGACGGGCCCCUGGAGCCCUGGAGCUCAGACGUGAGCUGCCCCAGCUCGGCCCUGCGGGACGAGGUAGACAGCAUCUUCCCCGACUUUUUUGCUUCCUGA